AACAAAAACACAUUCGACGCAGGAAUCAGGGAAGAACUUCCUCCCUUCCAAUUGACCAACCAAUUCAGUCCUUGGCCUCACACGGGCUUUUGGAACCAUCGAGCUUUCUUCAACCUCAUUCCUGCCCUGGUUGGGCUUUCCAUCGUCUUCUAGCCAGCAAACCCUCCCUCUGGCUGGUUCCAUCUCCAUUGAAGCACUUCACUCCCUUGAUUCCAUACAUCUGACCCCUCCAUUUAACAACGCUUUCUCAGGACAAUUGCUGUCACACGAAUCGACUCUAUUCCAGUAGUAGAGACACACUGCCACGACCACCAGCCCUGUGACUCCCGAAUCGCAAUAUUCCAGCCGAAUAACUCGACCCAGGUUCUGCUACAUAGCACCCCUCUAGCCGGGCCCAAUUUCAACCCGUAACUCACUGCUCACCUCACAUCACAGUGUCUCGCAACGACCCUUAUACCCUUGUACUCACUCGUACAUCACCAUUCUAGUCAUUCUACGCACAGCCAAGGUUUCUCGACACGAACUAGGCUAACUCUGCCACCGAUUCACAUCAGUCUGUCCCCUCCCGGCUUGACCACUCUUUUCAGCCCUUAAAGUCAAUAUGCCAUCUGCCACAGAAGAAGCUCCCAAAGCGGAAUCUCGAUUACUGCUGAUCUCUAAUCGUCUCCCAAUUACCAUCAAGCGGUCUGCUGACGGGAAGUAUGAUUUUUCAAUGUCCUCCGGCGGGCUCGUCACAGGCCUCAGUGGCCUGGCGAAAACUACCACAUUUCAAUGGUAUGGUUGGCCAGGCUUAGAGGUUCCUCAGGAUGAGAUCGAAGAUGUAACUUCCAAAUUGAAGGAUGAGUUCAACGCCGUCCCCGUAUUCAUGGACGACGAACUAGCAGACAGACACUACAAUGGCUUUUCCAAUUCUAUCAUGUGGCCAUUGUUCCACUAUCAUCCGGGUGAGAUAACCUUCGACGAGUCGGCCUGGAACGCCUACACCGAAGCCAAUCGCUUGUUUGCUCGUACGGUCGCAGAAGAGGUCCAAGAUGGUGAUCUCGUCUGGAUUCACGACUAUCAUUUGAUGCUUCUACCACAAAUGCUCCGGGAGGAGAUCGGCACCUCCAAAUCGAACGUGAAGAUCGGCUUUUUCCUGCACACCCCUUUUCCCUCGAGCGAGAUCUACAGAAUUCUCCCCGUACGGAAUGAAAUCCUCCUAGGCGUUCUCCACUGCGACUUGAUCGGCUUCCAUACCUACGACUAUGCGCGGCAUUUCCUCAGCAGCUGUUCUCGAAUUCUAGGAUUGACAACAACGCCAAAUGGUGUAGAGUUCGAAGGCAAAGUGGUCACCGUUGGUGCCUUCCCCAUCGGUAUCGAUCCUGAAAAGUUCACAGAAGGCCUCAAGAAGGAGAAAGUUCAGAAGCGGAUACAGGUCUUGGAGGAGAAGUUCAAAGGAAUCAAGCUGAUUGUGGGAGUGGAUCGUCUUGACUACAUCAAGGGUGUUCCUCAAAAACUUCACGCGUUGGAAGUCUUCCUCACCGAUCAUCCCGAGUGGAUUGGGAAGGUUGUGUUGGUUCAGGUUGCGGUACCCAGCCGACAAGAUGUUGAAGAGUAUCAAAAUCUGCGAGCUGUGGUCAAUGAGCUGGUCGGGCGAAUCAACGGCAAAUUCGGGACCGUGGAAUUCAUGCCCAUACACUUCAUGCACAAAUCUGUCAAUUUCGAUGAACUGAUAGCCCUUUACGCCGUCUCUGAUGUCUGCCUCGUCUCGUCUACUCGAGAUGGCAUGAAUCUGGUCUCAUUCGAGUACAUUGCAACACAGGAGAGCAGACAUGGCUCCCUCAUUUUAUCCGAGUUCGCUGGUGCCGCCCAGAGCUUGAACGGUAGUAUUUUGGUGAACCCAUGGAACACGGAAGAACUGGCGGGCGCUAUCCAAGAAGCCGUUACCAUGAGUCCCGAACACCGUGCCAUCAAUUACGCCAAAUUGCACAAAUAUGUUUCCAAGUAUACUAGGUAAACGUGCUGCCGACCUUCGUCCGAUCUUUUGCUAAUUGCCGCCAUCAGUGCUUUUUGGGGUCAAUCAUUUGUGGCAGAACUGACGAGAAUAUCUGCGCAAGGUGAAAAGAAGCUGAAGGCGAGGCGAGCAUCGUUGAUACGACCACAAGCACAAGGUAUCCCCCAGACCACUGAACCCGAGAAAGUAGAUGCAGGUUCCAAACAGAGCCAGGCAGACGGGGUCGAUAGCAAGAAGGCAGACGACGUCCCCGAGCAGGCUGAACUGUCGGUCAGAUCAAGGACUGCAUAAAUGCGCCACAACAGGGACUAUUAUGCUAGGGAUUUUAGACCGCAUCGGCCGGACGGUGCGAAGACUAGGAUUGAAUCAUAGACAGGGAGAUUCGACCCUGGAUGCAUCGCAUUGGGUCGUUUGUCUGCAAUGAGGGCUGCAUCAUGUAGAAGCAUAUUUGAAUACAUUCGGCAUUCUCAGAGUACAAAUGUUGACUGCUAGUAAAUGGAAUACAGCCUACAGCCAAGAGUUGUCGAUUCACCUCGAGGAGAAUUCGGUACGAGUAGGUAGUCAUCAGCCUGACUACCUUUCAUCCUAACCAGUUAGAAGAAAAAAGAAGACGAGAGACAGCCAGAAAAUAGGACUUUAGAUGUAUGUAUGUAUAUAUAUUUUACACCGAAG